AUGGCUGGGGGGUCAAGUGCCGACCUGCUGAAGCUCUCCCGCAGGGACCUGAUCCAGAUCUGCGGAGCCCCCGACGGCAUCCGCCUCUGCAACGCACUGAUGGGCAGGUGCCCACGUCCCCGGCUGACCCUCUACGUGUUGCGGGAGCCCGCCGGCGGGGCCGAGGGCACAGAGGAUGGAUGCUCAGGGCUGUACCAGGAGGUGCACCUGGAGGAGCUGACGGUGGCCGAGCUGACCGGGAAGCUGGCCGAGCUGCUGGGGCUGCCCGCGGGCCAGAUCCAGCAGGUGUCUCGGCAGGGACCCUCUGGCAUCCACAUCCUUGUCAGCGACACGAUGAUCAGGAACCUCCUGGACGAGACGUGCUUCGUGGUGGCCGUCGCCAAAGGUAACACGGUGGCCACGGGCAGGCAGAGCUGGGCAGGGGACGAUGGCCCCGGCUGA